GUGGAUAGCAGCCAUGCACACAGUUAAUUAACGAAUCAUCAUCGCGGAAGCUGGUUUAUCUAUCGUUUCUCGACGUACAUAACAGAUGAACAGAAUUCGUCGAGAUGGUUCCUAAAUUGUGCUCUAAUCAUUGUUUGUUUUUCUGGUUGUUGUUCCUUGUUUUGUAUUAUGUGCAGGCCAAAUCAGUUGGAGAUUCGUGCAAAAACAAAAAUGGCGAAGGAGUUUGCAAGGAAAUGAAACAUUGUCCCGAUGGAGUAGAGAUGUUGAAGAGAACCGGCCGACACAAUCUACACAGAUGUGGUUGGGUUGGUGUCGAUGAAGUGGUUUGUUGUCCGGAAGAAAAUCAAAAUUCAAACGAAGUCACCAGUCCCUCCACUCCGUUACAAGUUACGCAAAGCAGAUUGUUGGAGAAGAGAAGAAAAAGUGUGAUAGCUUGCGAACAGUUCCAGAAAAAUAGCGAACCUAAAAUCUCAUGGCAUAUAAUAAAUGGUAUAGACGCCGACGAAGCUGAAUUCCCUCAUAUGGCUGCGUUGGGUUAUCUUCCGGAAGGAGAGACGGUAAUACAAUGGGACUGUGGUGGUUCACUGAUCGCAGCUCAAUUUGUUUUAACAGCAGCUCAUUGCGUCGUAACCCGAGACAAAGGUGCACCUACCAAAGUAAGAAUGGGCGUCAACGAUUUAAAAGACGAAUCUGCAGCUCACAAACAAGAUUUGGAUGUCGAUAGUGUCUUGGUACAUCCACAGUACAAUAUAAGAGGCAGACAGGACGAUAUUGGAUUGUUGAAACUUAAAACCAAAGCGAUAUUCAAUAGAUAUGUGCAACCUGCCUGUCUUUACACCGAAAAUAACGAUCCCGGAAAGUUAAUCAUCACCGGAUGGGGCGUUGUAAAUGCUAACGAGCAGAACAGCUGGAAUUCUCUACAAAAAGCCACCAUUCUGUCCUCAAAUUUAACCGAAUGCGCUUCCUUGUACAAGGCCAGAAUUCAGAAAGAAGUAAACGAAAAGCAAAUUUGUGCGGGUGACAUAAAAUCCAUAAAUACCUCAGACACGUGUCAGGGCGAUUCAGGAGGUCCGUUACAAGUUGAAAGCUUGAAUGACUCCAAUUUAUAUACCAUAGUUGGUGUGACAUCUUAUGGAAUGGGUUGUGGUACCAGUUUCCCAAGUAUAUAUGUGAGAGUCUCCGCAUAUCUGGACUUUAUAGAGUCGUUUGUGUGGCCGAAUUUGGACACUUCAUAAAUAUAUAUCUGUGUUAAUUAUUUAUUUAUCUCAUUUGAACUGUUUUUUUAGGUUAUCUUCAUCCAAUGUUGCUUUAAUAUUAAUUGUAUAAAUGUCAAUAGGUUAAGCUAUACUAAUAUAAUUCACCAGAAGUAUUCAACAAUAACUUUUUAAGUGUGUAUUGAAUUAAAAUUUUUGAAAUUUCAA